AUCCGACCCAUCUCCCAUCUCUCUACCGACCUACUAUAAACCCCCCUUUCAUCUCUCACACUGUCUCCCUCUCUUUUGCUUGCUCCAAAACCGAGGAGAAAGAGAGAGAGAGGGAGGGGACGAGAGAGGGAGCUCUGAUUUAUGUCUACGAGCACUGCUGCCUCAUUCCAUCGUCAAGCUCGAGCUCUCUGGACUCGCCCCUUCCUUACCUCUGCUCUUGAAUUCAUGACUCCGAACAGCGAUUCGAUGCGCUUGAAUUCGUCUGGGUACGUUUGCGAUGUUUGCUGGCUUGCUCGCUUACUUGCUUGCUUUGUUGAUUGAUUUAUUUGUGUUGCAGAGCUCGUUUUCUAGUGGAGUCCUUUGGGUUUCUCCUCCUGGAUCGGUAUUUCUUCAUCUUCUUGCUUCGGAUUAGAGGAGGAACCCUACCUUGACCAACCCUGUUAUCUCUCCUGCUAUUUUUUCUUGUGUUUUGCCCUUUUCUUUUGUGUUGUUUCCGAAUUUUGGGGGAGUUCCAGAGGGAGAUUAAGAUGAUGGAGCCGCGGAUUCAACAGCUCUGGAGCCGAUACAGGAUGCGAAGGAAGAGGAAGAUGAAGAAGUUAGACAGCUUGUGUUCGAUCAGAGAUCUGAAACCACCGAUGAUGAGGAGGAAGAUGAGUAGUGGGAAGUUGGAGAGGUCGAGCGCCGCCAGAUCGACUCCCGUCCAAAGAAUCAGGGUCUUCUUCACCGAUCCCGAUGCCACCGACAGCGACGACGGCGACGAGGCUGUGAUGAAGCAGUGUAAGCGAGUGGUCCGGGAGAUCCACGUGGACCGGAUCGCUAAAACCCUAAAAACCCCAGCUGAUCCGGAGAACGAGAGGAGGCAGAAGAAGAAGGAAGCGGCGAGAGUGGCGGUGCCGUCGCCCGCAAUCACCGGCAGGCACAAGGGCGUCCGGCAGCGGCGGUGGGGCAAGUGGGCGGCGGAGAUCCGGGACCCCAUCCGACGCGCCCGCCUCUGGCUCGGUACCUUCGCCACCGCCGAGGAGGCGGCUGCCGCAUACCGGGCUGCCGCGUCACGGCUGGAGGAGGAGAAGCGCCGUCUCCAGCACUCUGGGCCGGCGGAGGGCUCGGCCUAUUCCUUCGUCUCCGUCCCGUCCCCGUCCUCAGUCCUCACACCGCCAGCGGCGACGGCGGAGGAGAAGGCUGAAAGAACCAUCGCGGAGCUCUUCGGGGAGCGGCGGGUAGAGGUACCGGCCGAGAUGGACUUCGAUGCGCUUGACGGAGAGGCGCCGUUCUUGCUGGGCGAGCUGGGGGAUGACUUGAUCGGAUUCGACGAUGGAUUUGACGAUCUCCCACUCUGGGGGCAGACAUUGGACGGUGGAGAUUUCUCCUUCCUCGAUCUCUAGCUUCAUUUUUGCAGCGUAAAUGGUCACAGGAAAAAAUAAUUAUAUAUAUAUUAUACUUUUAUGGUUAGCUUUAUAGUGUGUCAGAGGUGGAGGUUGUGGUUCAUUCAGCCCUAUUUUUGCAGCUUAAGAAGGGCAGAGAAAAAUAUUCGCUGGGAGACAGUAGAAUAUGAUAGGAUUUUGGAAAUUGUAAUAAUCAAAAUAUAUAUUGUGAGAUAUA